AUCCAUCGCAAACUCCCACCCCGACACUCAACCACUUCCAUCUCGUUCGAAUCUCGUGCUUUUCAACCAACACUCAACUUUUCGCAGCAACCACUCCAAACACUCAAAAUGCCUCCCAAAGCCCAGAAGACUCCCACCACCGGCGGCAAGGCCCCGGCUGGUAAGGCUCCCGCCGAGAAGAAGGAGGCUGGCAAGAAGACCGCCGCGCCCUCUGGCGACAAGAAGAAGCGCACCAAGACCAGGAAGGAGACCUACUCUUCCUACAUCUACAAGGUCCUCAAGCAGGUCCACCCCGACACCGGAAUUUCCAACCGUGCCAUGAGCAUCCUCAACUCCUUUGUUAACGACAUCUUCGAGCGCGUUGCCACCGAGGCUAGCAAGCUCGCUGCCUACAACAAGAAGUCGACCAUCUCAUCGCGCGAGAUCCAGACAUCAGUCCGUCUGAUCCUGCCCGGUGAACUUGCCAAGCACGCCGUUUCCGAGGGUACCAAGGCCGUUACCAAGUACUCUUCAUCCACCAAAUAGAGUGCCUUUUUUAUUCGCUGGAUGUUUUCUUUGGGUCUUUCUUGUCUGUUCGACAAGUGGUUACGGGGUGCGGUGUUCACGGGUCAUUUGCUAAUGUGAUCAUGGGUCGGUUUGUCUGUCAUCGAAUCAUCUAGUCAUAUUUGACUACGAGGUCCAUCUGGGUCUGUACAUUAUACCACAGCAGACGGGAACGAAUCAAUUCUUUCGAACUUCACACU